ACGUGGUUAUCUUUAUUUUGAUGACAACACGGCAGAUUGGUUUGGUGUUGGCAAAGACGGGAGUUCGGUUCUGGUAUCUGGCAGCCAGUAAAAAUGAAUUAAGCUUUAGCAAACUCACAGAUCGACCAGCCCGCUCCGCACAACUGUGCACACAAAACGACGACGUCGAGCAGGAAGCAUUUUGGUUGUGAGGUAAUUUGGGAAUCAAAGAAAAUACUGCCGCCGCCACACGCGAUAAAGAUUCUUACGAACCCGGCCAGAAACGGAUUGAGAAUCACGGAAUCAGCUGGAGCGCUGCUAUAGCUCCCCAAAAUACCACAUUUCUAACCGGCAAAAUGAUACCGCUAUCGCACAAGGACCGUAGCAGCUUUGGCUACCGGGUCCGGGAAAAGCUUAACAGCUGGAAGCGGCUCAUCUUUUCUGACCCCAACUCUCGGAAUCUGUUCCUGUUCCUGCUGCUCAACCUCAGCUUCGCCUUCGUAGAGCUCUUCUAUGGCAUCGUGACGAACAGCUUGGGACUGAUCUCCGACUCGUUCCACAUGUUCUUCGACUGCACUGGCCUCUUGGCCGGUUUGGCCGCCUCUGUUAUCACCAAAUGGAAGGCCAACGACAAGUUCUCUUACGGCUAUGUGCGUGCGGAGGUGCUGGCCGGUUUUGUCAAUAGUCUGUUCCUGCUGUUCAUCGCCUUCUUUAUCCUGUCGGAGGGCGUGGAACGACUGAUUGAGCCGCCGGAGGUCAAGCACGAGCGACUGUUUGUGGUCUCUGUGCUUGGUCUGCUGGUAAACUUGGUGGGCAUCUAUGCAUUCAAUCAUGGUGGACAUGGACACUCGCACGGUGGUGGUGGACACGGGCACUCCCACGGCGGAGGACAUGGGCACUCGCACAGCCACAACGACUCCAGCAAUCACAAUCACCAGGCCAUCACCUUGGACAAUGGUCAUGGACAUUCCCACGAUCACGACAGCCAUGGCCACUCGCAUGGAGAUAUGUCGGGCAGCAAUUCGCAGAUCAUGCGCGGCGUUUUCCUGCACAUCCUGGCCGAUACCUUGGGAUCGGUGGGCGUUAUCAUCUCAGCGGUGCUGAUGCACAUGUUCGGCUGGAUGAUUGCGGACCCAAUAUGCUCCAUUUUCAUCGCCCUGCUCAUAGCGCUCAGUGUACUGAGUCUGAUUAAGGAAUCGAUAAUGAUCCUGAUGCAGAGACAACCCUCAGAUCUGGAUAGAUCACUGCCACAGUGUUACCAGAAGGUCACAGGAUUGGCCGGAGUUUAUGCAGUUCAGGAACCGCACUUCUGGACCCUCUGCUCCGAUGUCUACGUAGGAGCCCUUAAGCUUGAGGUCUCCAAAAACGUCGAUCCAAAGUAUGUGGUAACGCACACGAGGAUGAUCUUCGAGGCGGUGGGUGUAAAGCAGAUAUAUAUUCAAUUGGAUUAUGUUUGAUCCAGAAGGGAUCUACCCACCGGUGUCCUUGUGUAUAUUUAACAACGCGAGUUGUAUGUUUGUGUGCAGUGCGAACGGGCGUCGAUGUUAUUUAAAAUUAUUUGAAAAUUUUAGUUCCCUACGACGCCACGAGAUCCCAUCACUUCCCAAACCCCCUCCAAGAGUAACGUAAUAUAAAAUGUUUAAUCUUCAGUUGUACUAGAAAUUUUCCGAAUUUUGUUAACUUAUUAACGUUUUGUAUUUGUUGAAAUGCGCGCGGCAUUCAUUCCAUACUAUGCAUACUGAAAGCAUAACAUAAUGUAUGCAUUAGUCGAUAUCGAGGAGCAUUAGUGUAAUUGUAAGCUAAGCGAAAGAAAUUGUGCAAGAGUAAAUAUAUAUUUAAAGAUUUUUUAAAAUUCAGUAUGAACAAAACCCGAAACAUGCAUACCUACAAAUAGCAUAUAAUAUGACUGACAUUUCCACGGACAUUCCGCUGUGCGGUGGAAGUGCAUUAAGUGAACCGUUUUGCCACAGUUUGAAGCAUCAAAAUUAUGAACGAAAUAAAAUUUAAUUUGUUAUUAGCAUUUUUAUACGUAAAACGAAAA